GCCCGCGGCCCGCGGCCCGGGCGGCCCGAGCCCCCUCCCCGGGCGCGCGGCUCUCCGCCUUCCCCGCCCCGGCUGGCGCGCGGCCCGGCCCGGCCGAGCACUGUCCCGGCCCCGAGGGGGGCAGAGCUCGGGCGAAAACCCGCCCUCCAGCGAGCUCAUUUCCCUAAAAAGAGGGGGGGGGAGCCGGAGGGAGGGAGGGAGAGAAAGAAAGAGAGAAAAAGAAGGAAAGGGAGAGGGAGACGGCUGGAGCCCGAGGACGAGCGCGGAGCCGCGGGCCGAGCGGGGGGCGGGAGACAGGAAGGAGGGAGGCGAGCAGAGGGAAGGGGAAGAGGUCGGGGAGCGAGGGCGGGAGCGGUCGCGGUCGCGACCGAGCAAGCAAGCGGGCGAGAGGACGCCCUCCCCUGGCCUCCAGUGCCCCGCUUCCCUCGCCGCCGCCCCGCCAGCAUGCCCGGCGUGGCCCGCCUGCCGCUGCUGCUCGGGCUGCUGCUGCUCCCGCGUCCCGGCCGGCCGCUGGACUUGGCCGACUACACCUAUGACCUGGCGGAGGAGGACGACUCGGAGCCCCUCAACUACAAAGACCCCUGCAAGGCGGCUGCCUUUCUUGGGGACAUUGCCCUGGACGAAGAGGACCUGAGGGUCUUCCAGGUACAGCAGGCUGCGGAUCUCAGACAGCACACAGCUCGUAAGUCCUCCAUCAAAGCUGCAGUUCCAGGAAACAUUUCUACCCCCAGCUGCCAGAGCACCAACGGGCAGCCUCAGAGGGGAGCCUGUGGGAGACGGAGAGGUAGAUCCCGUAGCCGGCGGGCGGCGACGUCCCGACCAGAGCGUGUGUGGCCCGAUGGGGUCAUCCCCUUUGUCAUUGGGGGAAACUUCACUGGUAGCCAGAGGGCAGUCUUCCGGCAGGCCAUGAGGCACUGGGAGAAGCACACCUGUGUUACCUUCCUGGAGCGCACCGACGAGGACAGCUAUAUUGUGUUCACCUAUCGACCUUGCGGGUGCUGCUCCUACGUGGGUCGCCGCGGCGGGGGCCCCCAGGCCAUCUCCAUCGGCAAGAACUGUGACAAGUUCGGCAUUGUGGUCCACGAGCUGGGCCACGUCGUCGGCUUCUGGCACGAACACACUCGGCCAGACCGGGACCGCCACGUUUCCAUCGUUCGUGAGAACAUCCAGCCAGGGCAGGAGUAUAACUUCCUGAAGAUGGAGCCUCAGGAGGUGGAGUCCCUGGGGGAGACCUAUGACUUCGACAGCAUCAUGCAUUACGCUCGGAACACAUUCUCCAGGGGCAUCUUCCUGGAUACCAUUGUCCCCAAGUAUGAGGUGAACGGGGUGAAACCUCCCAUUGGCCAAAGGACACGGCUCAGCAAGGGGGACAUUGCCCAAGCCCGCAAGCUUUACAAGUGCCCAGCCUGUGGAGAGACCCUGCAAGACAGCACAGGCAACUUCUCCUCCCCUGAAUACCCCAAUGGCUACUCUGCUCACAUGCACUGUGUGUGGCGCAUCUCUGUCACACCCGGGGAGAAGAUCAUCCUGAACUUCACGUCCCUGGACCUGUACCGCAGCCGCCUGUGCUGGUACGACUAUGUGGAGGUCCGAGAUGGCUUCUGGAGGAAGGCGCCCCUCCGAGGCCGCUUCUGCGGGUCCAAACUCCCUGAGCCUAUCGUCUCCACUGACAGCCGCCUCUGGGUUGAAUUCCGCAGCAGCAGCAAUUGGGUUGGAAAGGGCUUCUUUGCAGUCUACGAAGCCAUCUGCGGGGGUGAUGUGAAAAAGGACUAUGGCCACAUUCAAUCGCCCAACUACCCAGACGAUUACCGGCCCAGCAAAGUCUGCAUCUGGCGGAUCCAGGUGUCUGAGGGCUUCCACGUGGGCCUCACAUUCCAGUCCUUUGAGAUUGAGCGCCACGACAGCUGUGCCUACGACUAUCUGGAGGUGCGCGACGGGCACAGUGAGAGCAGCACCCUCAUCGGGCGCUACUGUGGCUAUGAGAAGCCUGAUGACAUCAAGAGCACGUCCAGCCGCCUCUGGCUCAAGUUCGUCUCUGACGGGUCCAUUAACAAAGCGGGCUUUGCCGUCAACUUUUUCAAAGAGGUGGACGAGUGCUCUCGGCCCAACCGCGGGGGCUGUGAGCAGCGGUGCCUCAACACCCUGGGCAGCUACAAGUGCAGCUGUGACCCCGGAUACGAGCUGGCCCCAGACAAGCGCCGCUGUGAGGCUGCCUGUGGCGGAUUCCUCACCAAACUCAACGGCUCCAUCACCAGCCCAGGCUGGCCCAAGGAGUACCCCCCGAACAAGAACUGCAUCUGGCAGCUGGUGGCCCCCACCCAGUACCGCAUCUCCCUGCAGUUUGACUUCUUUGAGACAGAGGGCAAUGAUGUGUGCAAGUACGACUUCGUGGAGGUGCGCAGUGGACUCACAGCCGACUCCAAGCUGCAUGGCAAGUUCUGUGGUUCUGAGAAGCCCGAGGUCAUCACCUCCCAGUACAACAACAUGCGCGUGGAGUUCAAGUCCGACAACACCGUGUCCAAAAAGGGCUUCAAGGCCCACUUCUUCUCAGACAAGGACGAGUGCUCCAAGGAUAACGGCGGCUGCCAGCAGGACUGCAUCAACACAUUCGGCAGUUAUGAGUGCCAGUGCCGCAGUGGCUUCGUCCUCCAUGACAACAAGCACGACUGCAAAGAAGCCGGCUGUGACCACAAGGUGACAUCCACCAGUGGUACCAUCACCAGCCCCAACUGGCCUGACAAGUAUCCCAGCAAGAAGGAGUGCACGUGGGCCAUCUCCAGCACCCCCGGGCACCGGGUCAAGCUGACCUUCAUGGAGAUGGACAUCGAGUCCCAGCCUGAGUGUGCCUACGACCACCUAGAGGUGUUCGACGGGCGAGACGCCAAGGCCCCCGUCCUCGGCCGCUUCUGUGGGAGCAAGAAGCCCGAGCCCGUCCUGGCCACAGGCAGCCGCAUGUUCCUGCGCUUCUACUCAGAUAACUCGGUCCAGCGAAAGGGCUUCCAGGCCUCCCACGCCACAGAGUGUGGGGGCCAGGUACGGGCAGAUGUGAAGACCAAGGACCUUUACUCCCACGCCCAGUUUGGCGACAACAACUACCCUGGGGGUGUGGACUGUGAGUGGGUCAUUGUGGCCGAGGAAGGCUACGGCGUGGAGCUCGUGUUCCAGACCUUUGAGGUGGAGGAGGAGACCGACUGCGGCUAUGACUACAUGGAGCUCUUCGACGGCUACGACAGCACAGCCCCCAGGCUGGGGCGCUACUGUGGCUCAGGGCCUCCUGAGGAGGUGUACUCGGCGGGAGAUUCUGUCCUGGUGAAGUUCCACUCGGAUGACACCAUCACCAAAAAAGGUUUCCACCUGCGAUACACCAGCACCAAGUUCCAGGACACACUCCACAGCAGGAAGUGACCACUGCCUGAGCAGGGGCGGGGACCGGAGCCUGCUGCCCUUGGUCGCCUAGACUGGACAGUGGGUGUGGGCAGAAGGCGACGCACCAUCCCUCUCCCCCCGGCCCCAGGACCUGCAGGGCCAAUGGCCUGGUGAGACUGUCCAUAGGAGGUGGGGGAACUGGACUCCGGCAUAAGCCACUUCCCCACAACCCCCCCACCAGCAAGGGGCUGGGGCCAGGGAGCAGAGCUUCCACAAGACAUUUCGAAGUCACCAUUCCUCUCUUAGGGGGCCCUGCCUGGUGGCAAGAGGGAAUGUCAGCAGGACCCCAUCGCCAUCCCUGUGUCUCUACACGCUGUAUUGUGUAUCGCCGGGGGCAUUAUUUUCAUUGUAAUGUUCAUUUCCCACCCCUGCUCCAGCCUCGAUUUGGUUUUAUUUUGAGCCCCCAUUCCACCACCCCAGUUUCCUGGGGCACAAGUGUCUGUGCAUGUCCCCCAGGAGCCACUGUGGGGAGCCGAUGGGGAGGGGAUGGAGAAACAAGACAGGGCUUCUCUCAGGCCCAGUGGCCGGUCAGCCACACCAGGGCACCGCAGCCAAUAAACCGAAAGUGUUACAGCCAA